AUGCCAAAGGUGAACAGUUACGCGCCGGCCUGGCUGUGCCGGCCCUCGCCCGGCGCCAGCCUUUUCACCAGUGCAUCCGACAAAGGCCCUGCGCAGACCCUGGAAAAUGGAUCAAAGACUGUUACACCAAACGCAGCAAAUCGCACGAUCGCAAAGAGAGGAAAUGAGGUAUUCGCCGUCAUCGACAACGAAAUUCGCUGGUCCGACCUUGCGCGACUGAAGGAUCAAUGGCAACAAGAAGCUCGGCAAAAGAAGAGCUCUACAGGUCCUGUGAAGGAGCAGGCAAAUGGCACUAAAUCUCCACCUUACAGGGUUCUAGCGGUGCCUGUCUACGGCCUCAUCAAGCAGAUUAUACCCUCUCCGAAUGGCGCGUUCCUCGCGAUUGUCACCGAGAACACUGUCCAUAUCUCUGUCCUCCCCGAUUCGUCCCAUCUAUCUUCGACAGACACGUUACCUAUUCGGUUAAAAACCUACCAGCUUGGCCCGACCACCCAUGUCAUUCCAGAAGCCCCCGUGGUAUCUGCUCUGUGGCAUCCUCUAGGGCUGCACACGAACUUGAGCGGGUGUAUCGUGACCAUUACCGCAGAUGCUGCGGUGCGAGUUUGGGAGUUGGACCGGAACAACCACUGGUCCUUUGAUCAACCGACUCUGGCAGUGGACCUCAGGAAGCUGGUUGAUGGAACCUCGUCUGAUCAGGAUUUCGCACCCUCAGGAUUUGGUAAAAACAAGGGAUUCUCCGCCGAUGUAAUUGAUAUGGAAGUUGCUUCUGCCUGCUUUGCGGGCAGUGGAAACGAGAGAGAAGAUGCUUGGGCGCCCAUGACUCUCUGGGUUGCUAUGCGGCCAGGUGAUCUUUAUGCUCUUUGCCCUUUGCUGCCAUCUAAAUGGCAGGCUCCUUCUACAACUAUCCCUUCGCUUUCUUCGGCCAUUGUUCCGAAGUUGGCGGCCCUUGAAGAGGCCCCUGAGGAUCUGGAAGAGCAGUUAAUCGCAUGCCGGCAACAGUAUGACUGGCUGCGGGAGAUUGACGAACAAGAACCCUUGGAUCCUCCCUCUGAAACUGGCAACAUCCAGGGCGCAGACGUCUUCACCCGUCCGGCUGUCCCGAGCGCUAUUCCACGUUUGCAAGGGCCUUUCCGAUUUGAUCUCGGUGACGAUUUGGAUGAUUUGGAUCUCUGUGAUAUCCUCGUAAUUGCCGCCAGGCUCAAUGUUGAAGACCUCAUGAUGGGCGAGGAUGAGGAGCUUGCAGUUGAGGCCACCGAGAAAGACAAGCUGUCGGCAACUGUUAUUUGCCUGUCGAGUGGGAACGGCCGUGUCAACAUUUGCCUGGAGCUUGAGGGUGUUGAAGGCCAAUGGCUUCCCAAGUCUAAGAAAAACACGUUCCGAACUCCUCUCUCGGAGCCUUCUGAUCUCGUCUUGGUCGAGUCACUCGACACCAUCAAAACCACUGGAAACGAGUCGGUGGCGUGGCCUAUCUUCACCAGGGAUUUACACUCACGCUACUCCUUUUUCGUCACUACUGCUACAAACGUAGUAUCUUUCUCUAUGUCCUCUUGGGUUCAGAGACUCGAGGCCGAACUGCAGGCAGAGGACCCCUCCGGGUCUGGUUUCCGUCUGCAAGUCCUGUGCAGUGGAAACGUUGCCCAAAGAGAACGAAUCUUGCAAGUUUCGGAAACUGAUAUCACCUUCCCGAACGCGCAUCUUGCUGGUUCUGUCGUUUUCUAUGAUUUCGACCUCGGCUACCUACUACUCACCUACCACCCUUCAAAUCCGUAUGCCGCUGUCAUGGAUGCUCCAGAGGACUCGUUCUCUGCCGCACUGGACUCCCAUUUCGAACAGCGAACGAGUGUUCCCGGCUCUCCUGCCGCGUUGCCUCGACGCGCUCCAUACCAAGUUCCGGCCGUUCUCUAUGCGGCGUCCCCAUUGGAAUCCUUUGUCGACACGCAAGUCCCUCACCGGCAACGACACACCCUCAAGGAGCAGGUCCGCCUGUCGCCAGCAACGUUGGACCUUGUUGCUACUGCUCACCGCCAGCUUGCCUCUUAUACCAAUGCACUCGAGAGAGCCGCUUCGGAUCUGUUCCGUAGAUGCGAACGGUUGCAAGGUGAGAUGAAGGACCAGCUGAAGCAACUCUCCGAUGUUGCAGAACGCAUCAAGGGCGUGACGAGCGAGAUUGGUGAAGAUGGCAACCGCAAGGAGGGCACCAGAAAUGGUGAAGCCUUGGACAAGAGGCUGCAAAACGCGAGGGACCGACAAUUAGAAUUGGUACAGCGCUAUGAUGCACUACGCAAGAAGGUUAUCAACUCAGGCGGACGUCCCCUGAGUGAGAAGGAGAGGGCUUGGGCGAUGGAGGUCAACACGUUGUCUGAAUCGCUUGAUGAUCAGCAGUCCAAGGACGAGGAAAAGCAACAGCUUGCCGGACGGUUGGAGACGGUCAAACAAUUCGCCCUUGACCUCAUGGCCGAAACAAAGUCGAUUGCCGCCAAGGCACCCACGUCCCCGGAUCUUGGAGAUUCGUCUUCUGGCUCUCAGCCCAAGGUACCGCAACGCCUGCAGCGCCAACGGGUCACAGAGGCCAUGAGAAUGGUCGAGCGAGAGUCUGCUGUCAUUGACGCUAUUACUUCUCGACUUGGACGCCUCAACCACAACAUUUAG